AUGACGCGAAAGGCUUCAUCGCCUAUGGCGCCCGCCUUUAUGGUGUCGGCGCCAGGCAAGGUCAUUGUUUACGGCGAGCACGCUGUCGUCCACGGCAAGGCAGCAUUGGCUGCGGCCAUUUCCCUCCGAUCCUACCUCCUCGUCACCACGCUCUCCAAAUCGCAUAGAACAGUCACCUUGAACUUCAGAGACAUUGGCUUGAACCACACCUGGAACAUUGACGAUCUGCCCUGGGCGAUUUUCCACCACCCCUCCAAGAAGAAGUUCUACUACGACCUGAUCAAUUCCCUCGACCCCGAGCUUGUCGCUGCCAUUCAACCGCAUGUGGACGCCGUGUCGCCGGACGCAUCGCCCGAGCAGCGCAAGAUCCAUCGCAACUCCGCAUCCUCCUUCCUAUACCUCUUCCUCUCCCUGGGUUCUCCGCAGAGUCCAGGGGCCAUCUACACCCUUCGAUCUACAAUUCCUACCGGUGCUGGUCUAGGAAGCAGUGCCAGUGUCAACGUCUGUGUGAGUGCUGCGCUGCUUCUUCAGAUCCGUACUCUGGCGGGCCCCCAUCCCGAUCAACCUCCGGAUGAGGCCGAGGUGCAGAUUGAGCGAAUUAAUCGCUGGGCGUUUGUUGGGGAGCUGUGUAUUCAUGGCAACCCUAGUGGUGUGGACAAUACGGUCGCUGCGGGCGGUAAGGCCGUUAUCUUCCGCAGGGGAGAUUAUUCCAAGCCACCCUCUGUCAAAUCGCUUCCCAGCUUCCCCGAACUCCCUCUCCUUCUCGUCGACACCCGACAAUCGCGUUCCACCGCUACAGAAGUGGCCAAGGUUGGCAAGCUGAGGGAAGACCACCCCGUGGUGACUGAGUCAAUUCUCAACGGCAUCGAUCAAGUCACUGUGUCUGCGGAAGAGCUUGUAGAAAGCCCCGACUUUGAUGGACUCUCUGAGAAGACCUUUGACCACCUAGGUGCCCUCUUUCGCAUCAACCAUGGCUUCCUGGUUUCGCUGGGCGUUUCUCACCCUCGCCUGGAGAGAAUCCGCGAAAUUGUUGACUUUGCCGAUAUCGGCUGGACGAAAUUGACUGGUGCUGGAGGCGGUGGUUGUGCGAUCACUCUACUUCGGCCGGAUGCUAAAGAGAGUGUGAUCAAGGACCUCGAAACCCAUUUCCAGGAAGAAGGGUUCGGCAAGUUUGAGACCACGCUGGGAGGAGACGGAGUUGGUGUUCUCUACCCUGCAGUGCUCCGUAACGGCAGCGACGAAGAGGGUGGUGAAGAGAUCGACCAGCAGAAAUUCGAGCUGGCAGACGGUACCGAAGGUAUCGAACAACUCGUUGGCGUCGGCGUCCAAGAGAGGCGCGAAGGCUGGAAGUUCUGGAAGCGUGCGACUCGAUGA